CUCUGUGCUUGUUAUUUAUUACAAUCUCUUUAUCGUGGGAGUUUGUGUAGUUUGUGUAUGAUAUCUACCACUUCGAUUGCACACUCGUAUUGCAAUCGCCACAACGGUGAUGUAGACAGUAAGACUGCUCAUUUGAUAAAUUGGCUUGAUAGAAGAAUCAGAAUGCCAUACCCAUAUUAGCUAGAAGAGGUCCGCUGCCCUUGCUGAGAUCUAAGCUCUUCUCUUUAUCUUCUACGAAGGUACCUAAAUGUCAAACGGCCACUUCAAUUCUGGAACAAGAAUAGGUCACGAGGUAGUAUGACGUGACAUGACUGAAAUGACACGAUGAAGAACCCCUGGGCCGCAGCUCAUUAAUGAAAUACUGGGCAGAUUGUGGAGAGGCAACACUCUUUCAUGACAUUAUGAAGAGGCAAUUCGUCGGAGUUACAGGUACCAAGGACGCACUUUUUCACAUUAGUUUUGUUUCAGAGAUCUUUCGUG